AUGGCUGAGCACAAGGCAUCCCUUCUUCUCGAGAAGCACGGCAAACUUGAAGUAAAGACUCGCCCCACUCCUACCCCACAAAAGAACCAAGCUCUUGUCAAGGUCACUGCUGCUGCGAUCAACCCUGUCGAUUGGAAGAUCAUCGACUACGGUAUCUUUGUAGAAAAAUUCCCCGCCGUUCUGGGCUCCGAUGGAGCUGGGGUCGUUGAAGCAGUUGGUCCGGAGGUGACUGACUUUGAUGUCGGAGAUAGAGUUUUUUUCCAGGGAGCAUACGGUCAUGAUGACGAAACAACGUUCCAAGAGAAAGCGAUUGUCCAGACCGAUAUUAUUUCUAAGAUCCCAGACAACAUCACCGACGACCAGGCAUCGACCAUCCCACUCGCUGCUCUUACUGCGCUAGUUGGUCUCUUCCAGAAGACUGGCGUUGAUGUGCCAGUGAAUGGUCCCACUGCCAACGGGAAGGGUGUUCUGGUUCUAGGAGGAAGUUCAUCUGUUGGUCAAUUUGCUAUUCAACUUGCUCGCAUCGCUGGCUUCUCGCCUAUUGUUACGACUGCGUCGGCCCAACACAAUGACUUCCUCAAGUCGCUUGGAGCGACCCAUGUGUUUGGUCGCGACGCUUCGACUCAGGAGCUUGGUUUCAAGGUCUUGACUACCCCCUCGCCCGUGCAGGGCGCCCAUCUUGCUACUGUGCUCCCGCCCGAUGACUCGGUCAAAGAGAAAAAUUCUGGAGACAAAAUCACCGUACAUAACAUCUUUGGUAGCUCCCAUCAGUUCAGGGACCUAAGCGUACCAUUCUGGCAAACUGUUGGUCAGUGGAUCAAAGAUGAGAAAUUUGUGCCUAACCGGGUACAAGUCGUAAAGGGAGGUCUUGCCGCGGUACCGGAAGCUAUAGAUCUUUCGCGCAAGGGUCACAAGGCAUCUCUCCUUCUUGAGAAGCACGGUAAACUUGAAGUAAAGACUCGCCCCACUCCUAUUCUGCAAAAGAACCAAGCUCUUGUCAAGGUCACUGCUGCUGCGAUCAAUCCUGCCGACUGGAAGAUCGUUGACUAUGGCGCCCUUAUAGAAGACUUCCCCGCUGUUCUGGGGAUCGAUGGAGCUGGAGUCGUUGAAGUAAUUGGUCCGGAGGUGACUGACUUCAAGGUUGGAGAUAGAGUUUUUUUCGAAGGGAUUUACCGUAGCAGCAAUGAAACAACGUUUCAAGAGAAAACCAUUGUUGAGACUGAUCUCAUUUCUAAGAUCCCAGAUAACAUCACCGACGACCAGGCAUCGACCAUCCCAGUUGGUACUAUUGCUGAGUUUUUUGGCCUCUUCCAGAAGACUGGCGUUGAUGUGCCAGUGAAUGGUCCCACUGCCAACGGGAAGGGUGUUCUGGUUCUAGGAGGAAGUUCAUCUGUUGGUCAAUUUGCUAUUCAACUUGCUCGCAUCGCUGGCUUCUCGCCUAUUGUUACGACUGCGUCGGCCCAACACAAUGACUUCCUCAAGUCGCUUGGAGCGACCCAUGUGUUUGGUCGCGACGUGGAUGCAAAGACUAUCCAAUCUUCUUUUUCUAUGCCCGUCGCUCUCGUUCUAGACGCGAUCUCCACAGAUUCGACCAAUCAUUUGCAUUAG